AUGGACGCCAUUCUUAGCCGUGGCGAAAACCGUACCAAGGAACUCAACGCCAAAUACGAGAAACUUGGCCUUGACGAUCUUCAAAACUUUACUUCGGAGUCCGCGUACGAAUGGAACGGCAAAGAUUUCCAGAAGAAGAAGAGUGAUCUCAAUUUGAUGACCUGGAUUGAACCGGCCAAGCGUGAGCGCAAGGAACAGUCAUAUUCAAUGGACAAAUACUUCAAACAGGCCAUGUACCCAAGCAGCAAGACGGAGCAGAAGCCAAAAGCCCCGCGAGCGCCUAAGCAAGUUCUUGACCAGGAAACGGCCUACUAUCGAAAAGAAGUCGGCUACAAGGUUCCUCUUGCCGAGGGCGAGGAAGACACUCUCGAGGACCGUCAAGCUGAACAAGCUCAAUUACAGGAAGAGAUCGACAGUGCUGCGCCUUUGACUGAGGAAGAGCAGGAGGAGAAGGCAGAGCUUUCCGAAAAGGGGUUCGGGGAGUGGAACCGUCGCGACUUCCAACAAUUCGUCAACGCCUCUGGCAAGUAUGGCCGUACCGACUACGAGAGGAUCGCCGAAGACAUCGACAGCAAGACUACGUCCCAAAUUAGGGCAUAUGCUAAGGUCUUCUGGCAGAGACAUACGGAAAUCUCGGACUACCAAAAGUACAUCAAGGUAAUCGAAGACGGCGAGGAGCGGAUGCGACGUGUAGAGCACCAGCGCAAGAUGCUGCGCAAGAAGAUUUCGAGCUACCGCGUUUAUACGGAGGAAGAAGACCGUUUCCUUCUCGUUUUGCUCGACAAGUAUGGGAUCGAUAGCGAGGGGUUGUAUGAGAACAUAAGGGAAGAAAUCCGCGAAAGCCCGCUCUUCAGAUUUGAUUGGUUCUUCCUGAGCCGCACACCUAUCGAGCUCAGUCGAAGGUGCACUACUCUCCUGACGACCAUCAUCAAGGAGUACGAGGACGUUCAACCAUCAAAGGCAAACGGCGAUAAGAAGUCCAAACGCGAACCCGAUGACGAGGAGAACGACGAGGAUAGCAUCCUUGGAAUGGCACCGGCGAAGAAGAAGUCGAAGAAUGGUGUCAAGAACAAAGCGCUUGACAAUGUCAAAUCCGCCACAUCCAAAGGAAGCAAGUCGAAGUCGGCAACCCCAUCACGGGCUUCGAGCGUCGCCAGUAACGCGUCCGGCGGCACCACGUCGAAGACCAAGUCCAAAGGCCGAAAGAAAUAA